AUGAGCAACGACGCAGUGAGCCCAGCUCCGGUUGGCCUUAGCCCGCUGCCGAGGCCUAACUGCUGCUCUUGUGUUGGCGUAGAAGAGGAGAAAGCAGUCGACAUCGAUCUCUACCACUGCCCCAAUUGCGAGGUCCUCCAUGGGCCUUCCGUUAUGAAAAGGCGCCGAGGGGCACCGAAGGUACAGGAGCUGGUGGCAAGCAAGGAAGGUGGGAAGACGGUGCAGACUGGGAGCCCCAUGUUUAUCCGGGAGCUUCGAGGAAGGCCCUUCCGCAGUGCUGAUGAGGUGAUCUUGAAGCCCACGGGGGCCCAGCUGACAGUGGAGUACCUAGAGGAGAACAGCUUCAGUGUGCCCAUUUUGGUGCUGAAGAAGGAUGGCCUGGGGAUGACACUGCCCUCCCCGGCCUUCACUGUGAGGGAGGUGGAGUAUUAUGUUGGUUCUGACAAAGAGAUUGAUGUUAUUGACGUGACCCGUCAGGCUGAUUGCAAGAUGAAACUUGGGGACUUUGUGCGUUAUUACUGCAGCGGGAAAAGGGAGAAAGUCCUCAAUGUCAUCAGCCUCGAGUUUUCUGACACCAGGCUUUCGAAUCUCGUGGAGACCCCCAAGAUUGUCCGGAAGCUCUCCUGGGUGGAGAAUUUGUGGCCUGAGGAGUCUGUGUUUGAACGGCCCAGUGUGCAGAAGUACUGCCUAAUGGGUGUGCGGGAUAGCUAUACAGACUUCCAUAUUGACUUUGGCGGCACCUCGGUCUGGUAUCAUGUGCUCAGGGGGGAGAAGGUUUUCUAUUUGAUCCGCCCUACCCCUGCUAACCUGUCCUUGUUCGAAUGCUGGAGCAGCUCCUCCAACCAGAGGGAGAUGUUCUUUGGGGACCAGGUGGACAUGUGCUACAAGUGCUCCGUGAAGCAGGGCCAGACACUCUUCAUUCCCACAGGUUGGAUCCAUGCGGUGCUGACGCCCGUGGACUGCCUUGCCUUUGGAGGGAACUUCCUACAUAGCCUCAACAUCGAGAUGCAGCUCAAGGCCUAUGAGAUCGAAAAGAGACUGAGCACAGCUGACCUCUUCAGGUUCCCCAAUUUUGAAACCAUCUGUUGGUAUGUGGGAAAGCACAUCCUGGACAUCUUCCGAGGCUUACGAGAGAACAGGAGACACCCUGCUUCGUAUCUGGUUCAUGGAGCCAAAGCCUUGAAUUUGGCGUUCAGGUCUUGGACUAAGAAAGAGGCUUUGCCAGAGCAUGAAGCUGAGAUCCCUGAGACUGUGCGGACGGUCCAGCUUAUCAAAGAUCUGGCCAGGGAGAUCCGUCUGGUGGAGGAUAUCUUCCAUCAGAACAUCGGCAAGACUGGCAGCCCCUUUGGCCUCCAGAGGACCGGCACAGCCAGCGGUACUGCGGCUACCAAGCCAUCCCCUAGCCCUCUAGCCUCUGCUGCCAGGCUUUCCCCAGCCUCUAAAGGCAGCUCCAAAAAGCGAAGUUCCAAAGCCAAGGCGGAGACGGGGAAGAAGCUGGAGCGCAAGGGCAGAGAGAACAUGGCCCUGGCUGCUCCUCGCGAGCUGGACCUAAGCCUGCUGGACAAGUAUACGCGACAGGCCCUGAAGACGGCAGCGGCCGGCAGCCCUCCCAAGGGCCAGUUUUUGAUUGCAAACACCUGCCUGGCUCCCCCAGAAGAGGAGCCGGACCUGGACCCAGAUGCAGACCUCGACUUAGAUUUGGAGCCUGACAUUGAAGAGAGCCAAGUCACAACAGUGCUGGCCAAUGGCAGAUCAGCAAGUGAGAAGAAGAUGAAGGUCUCAGCUAGGUCUCGGAAUUCUAAGAGUACCUCCAGGCGGGGUGCCAAAGCCAAGCAGCUGAUCAAAGGAGAGUUUGACCUGGACUCUGAGGAAGACCUGCAGAUUGACGAGACACCUCGGAAGGAGAAGAAGGUCCCGGGAGCCAGAAAGAAGUUACCCACUCAGAGGCGACAGGCGAGGCGUACUCCUCUUUGUGUCUUAGAAUUUCCCCGGAAAUUGCCUCGUGCCAAGCCCUGCUCUGACCCCAACCGGAUUCGGGAACCAGGGGAGGUAGAAUUUGACAUCGAGGAGGACUAUACGACUGAUGAGGACCUGGCAGAAGGGGUAGAAGCCCAGCUUGGGCCCAGCACUGGAACCACAGGGAUUCUAGAUCUGCUCAAGGCCAGCAGGCAGGUGGGGGGACCCGGCUAUGCUGCCCUCAAUGAGGCCCCUGCCUCUCCCAGCACCCAAGAAGCUAUCCAGGGGAUGCUGUGCAUGGCAAACCUGCGGUCAUCCUCAGCCUCCCCCUCAGCCUCCAGCCUUCAGGCCUGGUGGGCUGCAGGGCAGGAGGGCGGAGGCAGCAUCUCUGCUCGAGGGAAGACCGACGGUCCCCGUGCCCUAGCCGCCCAACGGACCCUCAGUAAGCGCGUUGCGAAGCAGCCACCCCAGCAGAGAAUAGAGAGUGAGGAAGAGGAGGAAGAAGAGGCCGAUGCCAGCCUAGACGAUGAACAGGAAAGCCUGGGGGCCUGCUUCAAGGAUGCCGAGUACAUCUACCCGUCUUUAGAGUCAGACGACGAUGACCCUGCUUUGAAAUCUCGUCCCCGAAAGAGGAAGAGCACCGAUGACGCUCCCUGGAGCCCCAAAGCCCGUGUGACCCCAACGCUCCCAAAGCAGGCUCGGCCCGUUCGGGAGGGGACUCGUGUGGCCUCCAUUGAGACGGGUUUGGCCGCAGCAGCUGCAAAGCUGGCUCAACAGGUAGGUGGCCGGGGUCCUGGUUCCUCUUGCUGA